AUGGAUGAAUGGAAAUUAAUAGAAGCUCUUCUUGAAGUACUUGAAGACUUUCAAGAAUUAAUAACAACAUUGAGUGGUACUAAAUAUCCAACUCAUAAUUUAGUUUGUCCACAUGUUAAAGCCAUUUUUGAAGAAUUGGAAAUUUUGGAUGUCUUGGAUGAUUUGAACAUUGAUUUAACUGUCAACAAAAUUUCUAUUCCA